AAUAACAACGAAUUUCAAACAACUCAUUCAACAAAAAUGAAUGAGAAAAAAUUGAUUAAUGAAAUUACUGAGUUACGUGAAGUGUUACGCGUAAAGGAAGCUCAACUUGCUGCUCUAAGGCGCGAAAAACAAAUUCUACAAAAUUAUGGCUUAAGUAACGAAGAAAUCUCAAGAUAUAGCAGACAGAUCUUUUUACCAGAAAUUGGCGUUAAAGGUCAAGUAAAAUUAAAAAAUAGUGCAGUAUUAAUUGUAGGAGCAGGUGGUCUUGGAUGCCCUGCUGCAUUAUACUUGGCAUCUUCUGGUGUUGGACAUAUUGGUAUAAUUGACUAUGAUGAUGUUGAAAUUAAUAAUCUUCAUAGACAAUUAUUAUAUGCAGAAACAAGCAUUGGAACAUCAAAAGUAAAUGCUGCUGCAGAAAGUCUUAAUCGCUUGAACAGUGAUAUUAAAAUUACACCAUAUAAGAUUCAACUAAAUAGUAGUAAUACUUUGGAAAUAAUAAAAUGUUAUGAUGUUGUGUUAGAUGCUACUGAUAAUGUAGCUACACGUUAUUUAUUGAAUGAUGCAUGUGUUCUAAGUAAGAAACCUCUAGUAUCUGGAUCAGCAUUAAGAUUUGAAGGUCAUUUAUCUGUAUUUAAUUACAAUGGUCCGUGCUACAGAUGUAUAUUUCCUAAACCUCCCCCUCCAGAAACAGUAACAAAUUGUGGAGAUGGUGGGGUUUUUGGUCCAGCUGUUGGUACCAUUGGUGUUCUACAAGCAUUAGAAGCUCUAAAAAUUGUACUCAAUGUUCCUUAUGUAUUAUCCGGUCAACUUCUAUUAUUUGACGGACUAGAAACGAAAUUUCGCAAUAUCAGUUUGCGUGCCAAAAAUGCAAACUGUGCCGUUUGCGGUGAACACCCAACUAUACAUAAGCUAAUUGAUUACGAGCAAUUUUGUGGUGCAAAAGCAAACGAUAAGGAUCCAAAAUUAAAUUUAUUAAGAAAAGAAGAACGAAUAAGUGUGGAAGAAUAUAACACAUCACUGAAAUUGGGUACAAAAGGUCAUAUAUUGAUUGAUGUGCGAUCUCCCGAAGAAUUUGAAAUCUGCCAUUUACAGAAUUCUAUAAAUAUCCCAAUAAGUGAAAUUAAUAACAAUGAACAAGUAACAUUAAUAAAAAAUAAAAUAAAAGAAAUACAAGAACAACACAGUGAAACUAGUUUGUACGUUAUGUGUAGAAGAGGAAAUGAUUCACAAAAAGCUGUAAAAAGUCUUCAAAAAGCAUUUAACAAAAGCAAUUUGGAGAUAAAAGAUAUAAUUGGCGGAAUGCACGCUUGGAGUAAAAAAAUCGAUCAUACAUUUCCUGUAUACUAA